AUGUCAGAUCCAAGUGGAUGGAAGGAUAGUCAACGACAAUCAGCACACAGAGGAGAAAACAGAAUGACUUCAACGAAGCAACGACUGGACUCUUUCUCUUCUGAGGAGGAGAAAAUUCUUGCUGAUGUUGAACCAGUUGUGCAGUCUGUAAGACGGAUUCUUCGUCAGUCAAGGUACUGUUUUGGGGGGCUACUUCCUCAUUUCUGCUUCAAUCUCUAUUCUUUAACUUGCAUUUGCGUCUCCCUGUAUGUAUGACCUCUCAUGAAAGUGUUUGGAUCAGGAAGACGUGAAGAAUAUAUACACUAUAAGCAGACCAUUAUUUCUAUUCAACUCUUGUAGAUGAGUUCAUCCCUUUAAUAUUUCAAUUCUCAACAUGUUCUUAGGUUCUCUGAUCCAUUUAACUAUCAUAGUUUGAGCCAACUUUGUUCAAUUUCCUAGAAACUUUGAGGAUUUUGAUACGGUUUCUCCCAUGAUUCUAGCUACAUAAUUGAAAUAAACCUAGAAUUGCCUUGAGCCAUGAGUCAAAGCCACUAGUCCCCAAGGGAAAGCAGUAAACUGGGUUGGGCUCUGAACAUUUUCCUUCCUCCUUUGUGUUCACUUCUCCUUGGGAAAUUUUCUCAGGGAAGCAAAUGAAAAGAACAGCGAGGAGAAACUGUCCAGGUAAUGGACAAAGAGAAGAACAGGAGGAAAAUAUCCAAUGUUUUCCUCCCUCCUGUUGAACUUCCUCUCCCGGUAAGAGACCCAUUUAGGCAACAAUGUGGCCCCUCUAUUCUUUCUCUAAUGAACAAGAAAACCCCAGGUGAGAGCAGGAGCUAGAAAAAUAAGUGUGAAUUAACUGCCGGAGAUAUGACUCGUGGUGUAUGACAUUGAACUUUUCUGGAGCUCCCAUGGCGUUGAUAAUGAUGCUUUUGAUGUGCAUUCUGUUCGACAUCAUGCUGUAUCUUUAGUGACAGUGACAUGCUGCCCAGGUAUAGCGAUGGGGACAGGCUCUCUCCGGAUGAUCAGUCAUACAUACUGGAUAACGUAUUCCGGUACCAUCCAGAUAGGAGCUCAAAGGUAGCAGGCGAGGUUGACUACGUUACGGUAUGGCCAACAGGGGGGACGACCUUUCUGCUAUAUGUUCUUCCCUGCCAUUAAUUACUAUAUCUAUCUGCAUGAUAUUUUCCAUCACAUUAAUAUUAUACUGAAAAAAUAAAUCCUCCCAGAUUUUCCAGAGCAAUUUCGACGGUAAUUAGAGGUUAUUUUUCUUUCUUAAUCGCACAUCUCUUUGUUCGGUGUGCCUCCCCGCUGCGGGUUUGGCAGGUUGGCAAGCCCGAGAGUUUCCCAGAGACUAGAUGCUUCUUCGUGGUCUCUAGCGACGGAUCCAGCGCGGAUUUCUCAUACCUAAAGUGCAUGGAGAAUUUCGUCAGGAAGACGUACCCGGAGAUCGCCGAGCCCUUCUGCGGGAAGUAUUUCUGGAGACGACUCGCAUCGGACUCUCGAAACGGGAGCGGCGGCGAUCCUCUCUAG